CAAUAGCGGCGAAGGCGGAUGGUCUAAGCGCGCUAUAGCGAUGGAGUCCCCUUUGAGCAAAAGGAAUCCGGCGCUAAGAUUAGCGGAUUUGGCAGCGACUCAACCCCUUCCUCAUCAGAAUGUGACAGGCUUCCCAGGGACAGGGGGGCAUCACCCUCACUCCCACCAUGCCCACCUCCACCCCGGGGAGGCGGGCAGCGACCCCGGAGGGGCACUCACGCCAUUCGGACCCGAGCACAUGGCACAGGCAAACGCGCUCAAACUUAGUCCCGCUCAGAGCCACCCCGAAGCCCAGACGGCCGUGCCUUUCGCUCCGUCUCAGACCGCAGUUGGUUUCCCCGUCGCUCACCCCCACUCCAGCUACGCCACCAACAGGGACUACAUUCUCAGGAGAGAGCUCUCGGCCUCUGCUAUGCAGGCGCUUGGCGACCAGCACACUUCCGCCCCCUCCCCCCAUCCACACGGCAUGUUCAUCUCCCCAACAGGUGCUUACGGGCACACGGAAGGCGGUGCCCAUCCGCUUUUCUCUGGACUUCACGACCAGGCGGCGCCCGCGGCCCACCACCACCACCAUCACCACGCUCUGAACGGGCAGAUGCGCCUGGGUCUUCCGGGGGACAUAUACGCACGGCCGGAACACUUCGGCCACAGGCCCGACCACUAUGGACCGUCCUCUCUCAAUAGCUACAACUCCAUGAACUUAAAUGUGAACAUCGCUUCGGCUCCUCACGGAGCGGCGGGGGCGUUCUUACGGUACAUGAGGCAGCCCAUCAAGCAAGAGUUAAUCUGCAAGUGGAUUGACCAGGAGCAAACUUCCAAGAAGCCCUGCUCCAAAACUUUCAGCACCAUGCACGAGCUGGUUAACCAUGUCACCGUGGAGCACGUCGGCGGUCCCGAGCAGAGCACGCACGUCUGCUUUUGGGAAGAGUGUCCGCGAGAGGGGAAAGCGUUUAAGGCGAAGUACAAACUGAUCAAUCACAUCCGAGUUCACACGGGAGAGAAGCCGUUCCCUUGCCCGUUCCCCGGCUGCGGUAAGGUCUUCGCGCGCUCGGAAAACCUCAAGAUCCACAAGCGGACGCACACAGGGGAGAAGCCAUUUAAAUGUGAAUUUGACGGAUGCGACCGAAAAUUCGCCAACAGCAGCGACAGAAAGAAACACUCGCACGUGCACACGAGCGACAAGCCCUACUACUGCAAAGUCAGAGGCUGUGAUAAGUCGUACACGCAUCCCAGCUCCUUAAGGAAACACAUGAAAGUUCACUGCAAGUCGCCGCCACCCCCUUCCGUCAACGCGGGGAGCUACCACUCCGUCACCACGUCUCUCGGAACACCCCUCUCGCCAACGCCCGAGCCCCAUAGGAGCCGAUCAGCGAAUCUCUCUCCCCAGGUUACGAACCUCAACGAGUGGUACGUAUGUCAGGGGAGCGCAGGACCUAACAACCUCCACACCCCGUCCAGCGACAUGCCAACGUCGGAUUCGGAAGGGGAGGACUCGUAUAGGAACUCUGAUCCAAGGACAAUGCUCUGACAGAGUGCGUUUUUAAACACAUAUGUUGCUGACCCAAUGACCCCAUUCCCCGGUCACCCACUAGAAACGUGAUAAAUACACAGGAGUUAUAAGCAUUUCUUUUUCUUUCUUUUUUUGACAAUGGGACACGAAACAGUGCAGCGGAUGUCAAACGGGGAAUAAAAAGGCCUUCAAAAUCUAUUUUCGUACUUGCCGUAUAUUUAAUAACGACACUAGACAGAGAUGUCCGCUCUUUUUUCAAACCAUUACAACAUUUCAAAUGGAAGUGGACAUUAUAGUCAUUGGGACCAGAGGAAUAGCCUACACGCACACAUACAGUGACAGUGUCAUAACCGAAUGGCGAAUAAUUCAUUUAGUUCAUUAUCGUAAAUGCCAAAACUACUGGAAAGCCAGGAAACACAGCUCUCUAAAAUCAGCCUACACCGCGCCGACUACACGUGUGCACAGUGUCAUCUCUAACAUGAUUCAGUCAUCUCUGAUUAAUUAUGUCCAGAUGACAUUGUCCAUAUGAUCUCAUCAUCAUCACAACCCUUCAAAGUUUAACCAGUCGGAUCCAUCAUUGUCUCAUCAGCGCAAGUUUAAUAAAUCCAUAUAGCAUCAAAUGAGUGAAACCACACGUCGAUUGUUUUGAUAUUUAGGUACCAGUAUUUAAGAUUAAUGUACAAUAAAUACAUGUACUAUCAAUGAAACACGUUGAAACACGGGGAACAUCUUUUUUUAAAACCUAUAAAAGCCUCAAAGAACAUUCCAUACAAUAGCAAUGUAGCGUUUGCAUAACAAAACCCACAAAUUCACCCAAAUUUCUGCAUAUGGACAAAUAAAGCUUUGCAAACGUUUGUGCUUUGUUGACGUUUACACAGUAUAUGAGUUCGAAUGAAUUUUGUGUUGUAUUUAAAAAAAACUAUUUAAAAUGAUAUUUUAUGCAAAAUUCACAUCAUUAUACAAACUCGUUUAAGAGUACAAAUUUGUCCUUCGAGACCCUAAAUAACUGGCAGGCCUAUUCCUGGCGGACUUGUAUAUAAUUGUAUUGUUGAUCGUGAAUGUUGAUGUAGUCUUUAUUACAAUAAUGUUGUUUUGUAAAUUGUAAUUUAUUUGAUGGCGUAACGUUGUCCCGAAAUUACAGAUACACCAAAGAAUGGUCAUAUUAAUUUUGGUGAAAUUUAGUGAUGCCUUUUCCCGUCGUCUUCUAUUCUCUGCUAAGUUGAAUAAGCUCUGUAACGUGGAAUAAACUGUCCCUUCCCCUCCCUGUUUCCGCAUCUCUCGCAUGCCCAGUGUAGUAGCUCUGUGUUAUUGUUGAAAUGCAUGGUGCUGUCCAUUUUGAAAGAAAAAAAAAAAAAAAUGAAACAGCUUUGACUUUGGAAGUCUUUGAUGUUGGUGUUAAAAAAAUAAUAAUGGCUAUAUUCAACGUAAACUUCAUAAUGAAUAAACAGGACAAUUUCAA